AUGUACAUAUUUUAUCAAGACAGGAUCUUCGUCACCCAUGAGCGUGUUAAUCUUGUGGUCCUGCUACCUUUUUCUCACUUACCUCUCCUUUUACCUCUUCCAAUCUUUUAUGCACAGUCUGUUUACUUCAGACAAGGAAAACCAAAAAGCAACAUCACGCAGUCGGAGAAAAAGACGUCGAAGAGGAAGAGCUCGUCUCUCCACACGCAUGACAUUCCAAAGGAAGAGUACACACUAGCAGCCCAAGCCAUUUGUAAGGAUAUAGAGGGUAAGACUGAAGACACCAGCCUACUGAAGAAGAAGACUGAAGACACUAACCUGCUAGAGACAGUAACAGAAACAGAGAGGAGUGCUGACUUGUCCAGCUGGGGUGUACUGAAUGAAUACGUGGCUGAAAAAAUUACGAUAAAUCAUGCUGCAGAACACAGUGAGCUUGAUGCUAAAAUAUGUCCGGUGGGAAUAGCUGAGUUAGAGGAUGGACUUCUGGAGGAACAGGAAGCAGCUGAGAGACUGACUGUACAGAUGAGCAAGCUACAGGAACAACUUACCCAGCACAGUGACUCCAUGCAGAUUCAGAUGUGUUUCAUAAAAAUGGAUAAUGAGGAAACUACCAUUCAAGAGCGAAAUGAAGUCGCUAAGAAUAUAGCAGGUUGCCUUCAACAGACAAAGAAGGAUCGAGAUGAUCUAGAGGAUGAGGCUUCAAGUGCCAUUGGUCAGAUCCAUGAUUUGCAACUUCAGUUACAUCAGAAUACCAAAGAUAGAGAAAAUCUGCUUGCCCAAGCAGAAGAGGACAUGAAAGAUAAAAUUCAACAGCUGUGUAAAAGCAUAGGAGAAAAAGAACGGCAUAUUAAAAGACUUCAGGAUCUACUAACAUCAGAAAGAUUUAGUUUGUCUGUACUACAGCAUACCCUUUCUCUCCGGGACUCAGAAAUAACAGAAUUGAAAAAUGAAAUAGCUUUUUCACGAACAAAAGAACAGCAGCGUAUUGAAGAGCUGAAAGUCAGUCAUGACAAGGAUAUUUGCAGACAGUUGGAGAACUUGAGGGCUGAGCUGGAGAAGUGCCACAGAAGAGAGAUUGAAGAAGCUAAGCAGGUAUAUGAAGAAGAAGUUGUUAUGAAAUAUAAGAAGGAACUUGAACAGUUUAAAAAAGAACUCUGUGCUCUGAAUUCUGAAGAAUACAUUCAGAGUUUGAAUGGCAUGAUAAUUGACUUAAAUAAUAGUCUUCAUGAGUCUGAAAUUAAUAAGGAGAACUUAAGAAAGAAACUUGAAAACCAGCAGGAAGACUUCCAGAAAGAAAAAUCUGAAAUUGAAGCUAAAUACAAGGAUUUAAUUGAUGGCUUUAAGUCUCAACUUUCUGAUGCAGAAGAGCAGAUCAAGGAAGCCCAGCAGUAUAAGCGAGAAAAACAGUCUUUGCAUGAAGAGAUCCAGAAACUGAAUUCUUUCAUCCAGGAAUUAAAUAAAAAGCGAAUUUAUGACUCUGAAAAAAGUAUAGAUGUAAGGCAAAAGCAUGAUGAAGAGACUGCCUCCAGUAAAAAGGUAAUGAAAUGGAGGGAAAAACAAACUUUACCAGAGGUAUCGCAGUUGCAGAAACCAGAGCUUGAGGAGAUGUGGAAUAAACAGCACCAGUUGAAAGGUGAAGAUGAGCUAUUUUAUGAAGAACUAGAGUUCCAGCGUGACUUCAGAGUAGCCUCCUCAAGGGAUCAAUUAGAAGAAAUUAAGAAUUCAAAGGUCACAGAAAAUAAUGACAGCAGUGAAGGAGACAAUCUAUCUGAAGAACUCUUGUCAGAACUAGAGCCUUUCAGUGGUGGUGAAGGCAUGUUGGCGAAAUACCUCAUUUCCACGAAGAGACCAGAAGAGCUGUAUGUGUCUGGUGCUUCUGAAGAUUGUACCAUUGAAGAAGGCAGAUGCAAUAGAUAUGGGUUAGACAGUAGUGUGCUUCUACAGCUUAGCAGAGAUUUUAUAACUCCUAUGUUAAACUUCAGCCUUGAUGAGGAAGCAUGUCCUGGCAAUUUGGCUCAAGAGGCUUUUGAAGAGACUGGGGUAGGAGCAGCGGCCUUUGCUUCAUUUUUGUCAGAUAACUCCCUUCAGCAAAUCAAAAUUAGUGGCCACGAUGAUGUAAAGGAUGAUGAGACAAUUUGUUUAAUAAAGAGCAUGAAACUAACUGAGCAGGUCCAUGAGGAGGAGUCAGCCUUAAAGAAAUCUUAUCAGGAGACCCAAGAGGCUGCUGGAAAAUGGGAGGAAGUGAUGGCUGAGCUCUCUCGUAUACGUGUGGAACUGGAAAAGGAACGUGAAGCACGGAGCCAUUGUGAAAAAAAGCUUCUUCAGAAAAUGGAGAAGGAGAAAGAACUUGAAAACAAACUAAACCAACAGGGUGAGGAUGGAGGCCAACCUUACUAUGCUGUAGAGCCUUUAACACAAGUGUCAAUGUCCUCUGCCUGGCAAGAAUUGGUAAAAGACCUCCAGGAGGAAAGGGAAAUGUUGAUGGUGCAGCUGCAAACUCAGGAGCAAUUAGUGAAAGAUGUUCAAGAGCAGAAAACAGCUUCUGAUUCUGUAGCAAGUGAAGUACAGUCUCUUUUUGGACGUCAGUUAGCUGCUUUGCAAAGUCGGAGGGAUCAAAUGGAAAGACAACUUCAUGCUCAGAGGGCUAAAAAUCAGACAAUAGCAGAACUGCUUGGUCAGAAAACUGUACGUGAAGAGACUUUGCUAAAAGAACAGGAGUUCCUCAAAGCUGAAAUCAAUAAUAAAGAACAAAAUUUAGCACUGCUAUUGAAAGAAAAAACGACCUUAGAAGAAAGAUUAUCUGACAUGGAGAAGGAUCUAAUAAAAGCAGAAAAAGCACUAGCAGAGAAUGCUUGUAUCAUUGAGGAUUUUGAGAAAAACAUAUGUGACCUUAAUGCUGAAGUGAAAAACCUUAAAGAAAUACACGAGUGUGAAAGACUGGGAUAUGAGGACAGAUUAAACUUCAGUAACCUAGAAAUUCAUAAACUUAAUGCUGAAUUAAAGGCAAAAAGUACUGAGUACAGUGACAACAAAAGUCAGUUGACUGAAGAAAUUGCCCUUUUGAAGAAGGUUUGUUUGGAUCUUGAGACUCGCUUGCAGGAGUCCCUUCAGUCUGCACAAGCUGCACAGGAGGCACAAUCUGAGGUGGUGAAACAUUACAAAGAAGAAAUGGAUAAAAUGGAGACUCAACAUAUUGCUGAACUAACUAGAGUGAGUUUAACGCACAAGAAAGAGAUAGAGGAAUUAAAUGCUGAAAUAAAAGAUAACAUGGAAAAACAGCAGAAGCUGGAAGGAGAAAGAAAGGAACAGAUUGUUUUAAUAAAAAAGGUACAUGAACGAGAGCACGAUCGUGAAAUCUCUGAGCUGAUUGCUAAACAUGAAGACGAAAUGAAGAAGCUCCGUGCUAAACUAGAAGAACAGCAGCACCAGCAGGAUGAACUUCAGCAGCAAAUGGCAGCCACACACAAAGCAGAGAUUGAGCAAGCUCAGCUCCAGUCACAGAAACUGCACAGCCUUGAAUUGGAAGCUUUACGCCUAAGCUUAAAUAAUAUGCACACCUCCCAGCUUGAGCUUACACAGUCUAACUUGAGAAAAGAAAAGGAAACUGCCCUUGUGGAACUACGGGAGAUGCUCAAUGAUAAGCGUGCUCAAGAGGUAGCAAUUCUGCAAAGCCGCCAUCAGCUGGAGUGGGAGAAAAUUAAAGAACAGUGCUUGAAAGAAAAAGAAGACCUUAAGUUAAAGUAUCAGCAAGAACUAGUUGAUCAGAGAAAGAAAAUAGAAUUGGAAAUGGAAGAGACACAUAUCCAGGCACUAGAGACUCUCAAAAAAGACUGGGAAUUGGAGUCUGAAAUGCUUUUAAAAAGCAUGUGUGAAAAGCUAUCUGAAGACCAUGAGACUGAAAUGAUAGAACUACAGAAAACUCUGGAAACAGAAUUAGAAAAAGUCAAAACAGAGCUGGAGCUUCUUUCUGCUGAGAAUGAACAAUCUAAAACAAAAUAUGUAGAAUUGGAGAAGCAACACCAAUUAGCCAUUCAAAAAUUACAAGAACAGCUGCGAAGAGAACAUAACCAACUCCUAGAAGAUAUGAAUAUGAAAAGUCAAAAAAAAGAAGAGAAUCUUCAGAAGGAGCUGGAGAAGCUUCAGGUCAUUCAUGAAGAACUCAAGACUCGGUCACAAGAAGAAAUCAGGCAGCUUUGGUCUCAGCUCGAUAGUACCCGAGCAAAUCGGCAAGAGCUAAGUGAGCUAAAAGAGCAGCUUCUGGCUCGUGCGUCACAGGUGGAAGAAGUAGAGCGUUUAAAACAAGAAUUUGAACAGCAGCGUCAGCAAAGAAAAAGUGAGCAUGAAAAUGAAUUGGAACAACUGAGACUUUAUUUUGAAAAGAAAUUAAGAGUUGCUGAAGAAAAUUACAGAGAAGAAUUGACUUUGCUGCAUCAAAGACUGCAAGAACUGAAGGAACAUUCACUGUCAGAGCUGGAAGUGAGUGAAGAUCAAGCAGAGGAUGUCAGUUCUUCUGUUGCGGUUUUUGAAGACUCUGCUGGGAGAGAGAGAAAGGAUAGACUUGGUCAGCUAAAUCAACUGUUAGAACAACAUCAGGAAGAACUUGCCUGUUUGCAGGUGCAACUUACAGAACAACACAGACAUGAAUUAGAUUCCUUAAAGUUUUCCCUUGGACUUCAAUAUAAGGAGGACCUAAUGAAAAUGAAGAUGGAUCUUUCAGACAAAUAUAGAACAGAAAUUGAGGAAAUGGAAAGACAGCAUUGUUUAGAACUUGAGGAGCUCCGUGCCCAACUUUCAGAAGAACAUAUAAAAGAAAUUACCAAACUGCGCUUGCGGAGUGCUCAAGAUGCAGCACGUCAAGUUGAAAUGGAGGUGGCUGAGCGAGUGUCUGUGCUGGAAGAAGAGCACAGGACUAGGCUCUCUCUCCUCCACUCUGAGAAACAGUAUGUUGCAGAGCUUUUGGAAGAAAUAAAGCAAUUAAAGGAAGAGAUCACUAAACAAAAAGAUUUUUCUGUGCAGAACGAAAAGCAUCUGAAAGAGGAAAUGGAAAAGGAAAAAUAUAAAAUUGCUGAGGAACACCAGAAUAAAUUGAGGGAAGCCAGAGAAGAAAUCCAGAAAAUAGAGACUAUUUACAGAGAAAAAGAGAGGAAAUGGAAAUGUGAAAGUGAGGACCAGAGAACCCAAGCAGAAGAGAAGUUAUCAUCAUUGUGUGUAGAACUGCAAAACAGAGUGGAAUAUGAGAAGCAGAAUUUACAAAAGGAGUUUGAACUUCGUGAAACUGAAAUGCGUCAACUUCAAGAUCACCAAGCUGUCAAAAUUCUAGAAUUGGAGAAGCUGGUAAAAGAACAACACAACAAUUUACAGCAACUGGAAGACAGCCUUGCAAGUAUACAGGCUACGUGGAAAUCUCCAGAGCAAUAUGACAGUGACCUGCAAGCUGCAGAAGCACACAUGGCAAAAGAAAUGGAAAAGGCCAUACUUUGUCUGCAGGAAGAAAGUGCACUGAAACUUAUGGAAGCACAAAACAAGUUUAUGGAGGAGCACAAAGAUAUGACUCAGAAAUUUACCACUGAGCAAGAGAUUCUACUCCAAGAGCUGAAAAAGAAACAUGUCAAUGAACUGGAACUCCAAAGUCAGCAGUUAGAGGAGAAGCAUAAGCAGCAAAUUGUGUGUCUUACAGCUGAGUUUCAGGCAAAGCACCAAGCUGAAAUUGAAACACUUAAAUCUACUCUAGAAAGUAAACAGCGGAGUCAGCUUGAAGCUCGUGUUGCUGAACUGCAGACAAAGCACCAGGCAGAAAUUGACGAGCUGGAAGCUAAACAUUUAUCAAAUCUCGAUUCCUUGGAGUCCUCCUACCUAUCUGAAAUUCAGAAUAUAAGAGAUGAACACAGUCAGGCUCUUGAGAAGCUGCAGUUGCACCACACAGAACAGCUCCGUGAAAAGGAUAAAAUGCAUCAAGCACUCUUGGCUCAGGAGACAGAGAUGUUAAAAUUAAAGCAUGCUGAAGAACUUGAGCUUUCCCAAAAUAAUUUGAAAAUUGAGCUAGCUACUGCUCAUGUGGAAAAACUUAGAGCCAUGGCUGUUGAAGCAGAAGCAGCUCAUAAGGAUGACUUGAGCACAGCUCUUCAAAAUCAAAGGGCUUUGCUGGAAGAAGAAAAACGUCUGGCCCUGGAUAUAUUGCGUGAGGAAGUAUUGCAUAUGGAGGAAAAGCAUAGAAAAGCCCUCCAAGAACUCCAGGAUCUUCAUGAAGCAGAAAUUGAGAAACAUAAGGAAGAAUACUCCAGGGAGCUGGAAAAAGAAUUGGGGAAACUAAAAGCACAGCAUGAACAUGAACAAGAGAUGUAUGCUUCUGCAUCAGCCUCUGAAGUAGAAGCUGUGCGAACAGCUCUUCUGGCUCAAUUUGAGGAGAUAAAAUUGAAGCAACAGCUUCAGUUCCAGGAGGAGAUUGAGCUGCUGAAAUGUCAGUCGGAGGUACUGCUUGAACAGCAGAUUGCACAGCUGAAGGAUGAAUUUGAAUCUGAAAAAAAGGCAUCACUACGUGACAAGGAGCAGAUGUUGAUUCAGGAAAGGGAGAUGGCACAGGCUGCUCAGCAAAAGGAGCAGAAGAUGUUAUCAGCCCAGCUACAGGAAAAAGCAGCAAUAAUUACCCAGCUGGAAAAGAAAGUGGAGUCUUUGAACUGUGAAAUAGAGGAGACCAACUCUGAACUGGAGACACUUGUUCAGCGACGAGACAGAGAAAACCAAGAAGAAGGGAAUUUGGUAGCCAUGUUGAGAACUGAUAUUGAAGAGUCCAAGAAUGAAAGGAAAAAAAUGCGGGAAUCUUAUCAGCAUCUUUUGAAAUUGCUUAUGGAGUUGGUGAAGGCUACAAUAGCUAUUGAGGACCUUAUCUGUAGCAGGAUUGGUCUUUGCCUUAAUGACAGUCUGGCUUCUAGAGAUUCUAGAGAAAGUCAGAGUAUUAUGGAAGAUAUGGGAUUUCUUCAGUAUUUCAAAGCCAAAGAAAAGCAUCACCUAGAAGAAGUAGAUGAGUUCCUUGAUGAAACUGUGGCAGAACACAACCAGCUGUCUCCAGUGACUGAUGAGGGGUCUGACUUGAGCCAACACUUAUGUGAAAGUGUUUUUGCAAAGCCAGAAUUGGCAUGUGAAAAUGAAGAAAUGAUACUGAAAAUUGGUCAUCGUUUGCGCACUGCAGUGGAGAGACUUCUGGAACUGGUUACAGAAUCAACUAAACAACUAGAGAAAAUGCAUGAAAACCAUGCACAAUUUGAAGAAGAAUUCAGCCGCCGAAAUCGGGAAACUGCCCAAGUGGUUAGUCAGCACCAAGAACUAAUGGAGUGCCUCAGUGAGGAAAGUGAGGCCAAAAAACAGCUGGCAUUAGAGCUUCAUAAAGCGGAAGGAAUUAUCGAAGGCUAUGUUGCAGAAAAAGCUGCAUUGGAAGAGGCCUUAAAUCUGAAGGAGGAAUCUGAACGUCGCCUUGUUGUGGAGCUGGAGAAUAUGCGUGAACGCUUCCAGGAGCUAACCCAGGAGCAAGCAAUUCUUGGACCACCUGUUGCUAAUGUAGCACAAAGAGAAGGUUCAGGUCUACUCAAGGAAGUAGAAAUUUUAGCAAAGGAGAAAUUAGAGCUUCAAUGUCAGGCAGAAAAGGACCAUUCCAACUUACGCUCUCAGAUGAAAGUUUUGGAGGUGGAACUGGAAGAACAGCUGCAUAGUAAUCAAGACCUGGCUACACAGUUAUUGGAGGUUGCUGAAUUAAAACAACAAGUACAAGUUCUUGAAAAACAGCUUAAAAACCAGCGACAGUUCAUGGAUGAACAAGCUAUAGAAAGGGAACAUGAACGUGAUGAUUUUCAGCAGGAAAUUCGGAAACUGGAAGAACAGCUAAAACUUGCAGCAAAAUCACAGACUUCAGGAGAACCCAAAGAGUAUAGGAACUAUGAAUUGAUUCUACAGGUAGAAUCUUUACAAGCAGAAAUGAAAGAGAAGAUGGAUGAUUACAAUAAGCUAUUAUUGGAAAAGGAGCGAAAAAACGAGGAAAUUACAGCUCGUGAUAAAGAGAUAGAAAAACUGGUGGCACAGAUACGAGAACUGGAGCACAGCGGUACUGAACUCUCAAAGACUGUACGCUGCUUGGAACAACAACUGCAAAAGCUGAAGAAAGUAGAAACUGAAUUAAAACAAGAUAAAGAGGCAUUGCAACAGCAGCAGUACAAUAACCUGAUUCAGAUCUCUGCCCUACAGUCUAAAUUGGAUGAAGCGAGGCACAGGGUACCAGCAGAUGGAGGUUCUGCCCCAGUGCUGAAAGAACAGCUACAGGCAGAGCAGAAAGCGCUUCAAAGCAAAGAGAGAGAGAUUGCAAGCUUGUUAGACCAACUAGAACAAUAUAAAGAUAAUUUGACCAGUAAAAAUGAGGAGAUAUUGCAGCUGAACUUGCAGUUAGAAAUGGAAAAAAACCUCAGCACUUCGAGCAUCAGCCAGCUUCAGUUAGAGAAUGCACACUUGAAGGAGGAUCUAAUGAAACUUGAAGUGAAGCAAAAUCAGGACCUAGGUAUUAGUGAUUCCUCAGCUCUGUCAUUCCCACAAGCAUUACUUAAAGAAAAGAAUCAAGAAAUUGAUCACUUGAAUGAGCAGAUGAAGAGGCUCCAGCAUGAGCUAGAGAAUACUCUGGAGAAUAAAAUAGUAGAAGACCAAAAAUCUGAAAUUGAAGAACUUAGAUCACUUGUUGAGCACUUUCGCAGUGACCAGGAAAGGCUGCGUAAGGACAAAGAUGAAGAGGUAGAGCAACUCCAUGGAGUAAUUGAGAAGCUUCAAAAAGAGCUGGCACAAUUUGGACCAGUAUGUCAUGAAAUCAGUGACCACCAAGAUGAUCUCUAUCACCUUGCAUUGGGAAAGCCAGUGGAAAACCUUCAGAAUGAGUUGAAGAGGGGACUGGUAGAUUGUCAGGGUGAUACUGAUCCAACCAGAAGAAAUGAAUUACUGCUCUCUAAAGUGAGAGAACUUCAGGAGGAAUUAGAAAUAGUCUCAACUGCUAGAGAAGCUCUGCAGCAGCAACUGGAAGAGAAGGAAUUGCAUUUUAAAAGAGAAGUGGAAAUUUUGGAGAAAAAGUGUCAAAAACUACAAGAGUCAUCAGAGCAGCAGAUCGCAGAGCUAACCUCUCUGAGAAUACAGGACAGUGCACUUCAGGAAAAGUAUAACCUUUAUCAAACACAACUUUCUCAGAGAGAGGUUGAAACAAGGAUUACUACUUCUCACAUUCAAGAACUUGAAGACACUGUGAGAGAAAGGGAAGCAAAUAUUCUAGAGAAAGAUAUGCAAAUGAAGACAAUGGCAGAACAAAGAGAAGCUGAUGCAACCCAGUUGCAGUACUUAACAAAAAAGGCAACAGAGCUUCAAACCAAGUUGGAAAAGAGAGAUACAAGUCAUGCUCAAGAUGUUUAUAACCUUCAGUUAGAAAUUUCUAGGCUUCAGUUACAGGUGCAGGCACUGAAUCAGAAAGAAGUAGCUUAUCAGAGAGAAAUCAAUGAACUCCAAGGUAGCACUGCAAAUCUAAAAGAUCAAAUCAAGACAUAUGUGAAAGAGCUUGAAGCCUUGCAACUGGAAAGAGGUCAACUUAUUUCACAGUUGGAGUUGUACAAGCCAAAGGAGCAAUGUGAUCAUGACCUUCUCAAGCUGUCCUGCCAAAGGGAGAGAAAAUAUGAAGCCUCUAAAAAGGGGAUGGAGGUAUUGGAAGAACUGGAAGCAAAUGUUGAUCAGUCAUUUGCAGUACUGGCUUCCCCUACCAGUGAACUGAAAAAAGAUGAAGUUAUGUUUGAGUUGAUGACACACGAUAUAAAUCCAAAACCUCAGAUUACACAAUCGCAAGAAAAUACCUUGACUCAGGAUUUGGACAUGAUCAACAACUCUGAAGAAGAGCAAGAUUUGAAAAAGCAUUGCCAGCAGAUCUUGGAAAUUCAUCAAGCUCCCGAUUCUCCAAAGCACAAUUUGAACAUAGACAAAGACACUUCAAAAGACUUUCAGAACUUUAUUGCAGGUAUGGCUUCAUGGGCCUCGCCUGAGAUUCUGAGAAAGCAAGAUAUGAGCAUGGAACUUCAACCAGUGCUUCAUCUGACACCCUUUUCCGAAGUUGAAAGUGCAGAUUUUGAAAUUAUGCACACCAGGUCAUCCACACAAGAAGAUAAUUCUGUAUUUCUGGGAUGUUCUAACCUGUAUGAAAAUGGCCGUGAGGAAGCAGCAGUCAGAGUAGAGAGCAAAUCUCCAUCUUUCUCUGAAAGUACAUACUCUGAUGACCAAGAUAUGGAGAAGAAGAUUUUGCAGAUGAGAGAAGCUGAUAAUCUAACUUUAACCUCUUCUGACUUGCAAGAUGAUGUAAGAUUGAAAGCGUCUGCCAUAGAUGCGAUGAGCGAUGGAUAUGGCAGCAAUACCAGCUCAAAUUUGGCAGCUAAACUGAUGCAGGAGCUACAAAUGUCGGACCACCUAGAUGCUAGUUUCAUGGCUUAUCUGCAGUACCACGGAAUGUUUCCAGAUGCUAUGGAAUCUGUGAGAGAAAAGGAAGUACUUUCACCACAGCUGAAGACGGUGCUGAAGAUGGUGUAUGAGGAGAGCCGGAAAAUAUUGGCUUUGUCAGGACAUCCCUUUGGUUUUAGGGAGCUGAAGAAUGUUCAUCAGACCAGAGUGGUGAUGGAGGGAUGGCAGAAGGAGUGCUUAGCCUUGCUCGAUGCUAUACAGUCGCUGAAAGAUUACCUUAGCAAGGUGGCAGAUAGAGGAGACAAGGAACACUUGGGUAUUGAUGCUGACUGGAGAGGAGAACUGCUGCAAGCAGUACAAAGCGUGCUUGAGAAGGAGAGAAAUGUGUUGCAAGUUGAAUUGAAUUCUCACUUCUCCAGUCUUGGGUCUGGAGAUGAAGGUUCAUUAGUGGAAAAACUGGAGUACGUCAUGAAACAGCAAGAGGAACAGAGACAGAUGGUUGUAGAGCACCUUUUCUCCUCAGACCGGAAUAGCCUGCUCUCUGAAAUACAGGACCUCCGAGCUCAGCUACGCAUGACACAUCUGCAGAACCAGGAGAAGCUACAGCAGUUACAGGAAACUCUUACCAAUGUGGAAGCUCAUGGGAGCAAACAAGAACACCACCUCCGGAGAAAAGUUGAAUUAUUAGAAUAUAAGCUUCAGCAAGAAAAAUCUGUCGUAAGUGACUUGCACAGCACCCUGUCUGAGGAGCAGAAGAGAGCCUCUGAAACGUGUGAUCUCUUGAAUCAAGAAAAAGUAGCUCUGAAAUCAGAGCUUUAUGAAAGUAAACAAGAGAAUGAAAAGCUGCAGAAAACCCUAGAAGAGCUUCAGAAGGAAAUAGACCAGUUAAGUUCUGCAUUGGAAAAAAAAGAAAAGGAUUUGACAGCUGCACUUGAAGACUUGCAGACUGAACAUCUGAAGGAAAUGGAACUACAAUCUUUGUUUGAGGAACAACAGCUUGAGCAUAAGAAAGCAGAAGAUGAAAAGACAAAGGCCUUGGAGGAGCUGCAGGCUGCCUUGGAGCUGCAGUCAGUGCAGAAUAGCCAGCUGGCUAUAUCCAUAGAGUAUGAGAAAACGGUAAAUGAUAAUCUCCGCAAGGAACUUCAGAUCGAGCACUCCCGCUGUGAAGCGCUGUUGUCCCAGGAACAGACCAAAUUGUUGGAGCUGCAGAGGAAUUUGGAUGAUGAGAAGAAUCACUCAUUGGAGCUUCUGAAUUCAUUGAAUCAUGAGCGCGUUUUGACAGAGCAGUUGAGCAUGAGACUGAAAGAAGGUGUUUCCUGUCAGCACAGGGAGUCACUGCUGGAACAAGCUUUUGUUCAAGAGCUUCAAGCCCAACUGGAAGAAGAGAGGUCCCGAACUGUGAAGCUAGCUGCUGCUAUUGAGAAAAUGCACCAAAAGGCUAUUCAUUCCAAAAGGCAGCUAGAGGCUGAAAUACAGAUGCGCUGUGAAGAAACCCAGAAGGAGAGAGAGGUCAAUGACAAAUUGCGAGCUACGCUGGAAUCUCUUCAGGGUCAAAAGCAAGAGGUAAUCCGUUCCUUAGAGGCCCAGAAGGAAAGAGAGGCAAAGUUGGAAGCUGACUGGGAAGAACUGCAAUUGCUCUUCAAGACGAUGAAGGAGCAAGAUAAGAACAAGAAAGAGGAAAGAGAGCAAAUACAGCAGCAACAAACAGAGCUAGAGGAACAGAAAGACUGGCAGAGAGAUCAAGAGAAAGUGGAAAACUUGGAACAGCAACACCACAGGGAUGAACAAAGAAUUAAAGAGCUGCAGGAAAUGCUGGCAACAUUACAAGAAAGAGAAAGAAGCCUCCCUUGUCCAAACUGUCAGCAGGAACCGUUGGGUACUUUAAACAAAGAUCUAAAUGCCAAACCGGCGAUGACAGAAGAAACUGAAAAAUCACAUUUGCAACAGCAGCAACAACAGCUAGAGAAGAUAAGACAGCGGUUGCUUUUUGUAGUUGUGCGCCUGAAUGAGUUCAUAUAUAAAACUGUAGAUAAAACAGUCAAUGAUUGGGCUGUAUCAAAUGAUGAAGCUGUAGCCUCCUUACUGCAGACAUUAAAGGAUCUAAAAUCAGAUUUAUUGUCUCCUCCUGUAUCACAGAUCAGAUCCAUGGACAAUACCAACCCUGUUCAAGAACUGGAAAGGAAUGCUUGGCAGCGAGAGAGAAAUAUUUUGCAGAAUGCACUGAAACAGGCUGAAACCAAACUGGCUAAAGCAACUGUUGAAAUUGAAAACAAGCCAGUGGUAGAAACAUCCAGUCCUAAGUUGCAGAGAUUAUAUAGGAAGUACCUUAGAGCAGAGAGCUUUAGAAAGGCUCUAGUUUAUCAGAAGAAAUACCUCUUGCUGCUUCUCGGUGGAUUUCAGGACUGUGAACAAGCAACCCUCUCUCUAAUAGCACGUAUGGGAAUCUACCCCUCACCUGCAGACCUGCAGCUUUCUGGAUCACGUUCCCGUCAUUUUACCAAGUUCAGAUGCACAGUCAGGGCGAUCAUUGCGGUAUCAAGGUUAAAGUUUUUGGUGAAGAAGUGGAAUAAAGUUGGCAGAAAGAGUGCACAGGGUGAAACCAUUUCUCACAACAUAGGAGGUAAUACAGCUUGUGGUGCUAGAAUGGAAAUUCUGAAAGAGCAGCAGCCCCCAGCUGUUCAUCUCAGCUCUCCCCCAACCCGAGAUGCUGGGCUGUGCCACAGAACCAGCUCUCCAAGAUUUGUGAGCCAGUCCUCCAGCUCCCCUCAUCGCUCACACCACAGAGUGCAUCCAUCCACAAGUCCAGCUUCAGAAAAGUCACUUGUGCCUACUCAAGACCCUGAACGAUCGCUAACAGAAUACAUCCAUCGCUUAGAGGUUAUCCAGCAAAGACUAGGGGGGGUGCAACCAGGACAAGUUCCAGGUCCACCUUGGCAGAGGAACAUGAAAAAGUGAUGAGAAUGCUGCUGAAAUCUGUACUGCAAACCCUCUUGAGUUAUUCCUUCCUUCUGAGCUGGUCCAUACCAAAUGGAGGCACUUGCGAUCCCUUAUGCAACUGAAUAAAGGGCAAUGCUUUUGCAUCAGAUUUUUAUAUGACUCUUUUAACUAUAUUUUAGUACUUUUAAGAGGAAAUUACUUUUCACUAAAAACAAUGUUCUACAUUCUUACAUGAAAUUACUGCUAAGCUAAGAGCUGAAGUGUGUCUGCAUCACCGUAUUGUAAGUUGCAAAGAGUCUCUUUGGUGUUUAUUUUUCUAUAGUGUAUAGCUGGAUUCCAUGUAAAAAAAGUUAUUAAAAUGGCAUUUUAUUAGUGAAUUAUUACAUUGUAUGGUUAUUCGUUUCCACCUUGCCUAUUUGCUUUUUUUGCUGUUUCCAUAAUUGUUUGGGUUUUAAUAUUUCUGUAGGAUCAUUCUGACUAACAGGACAGGUAAGAUACUCUCCCAAACAGCAGAUGCAUGUAGUCUUCUGUGAAUUUUAGGGUUUGCUCUUGUGCUUUUACAAUAAAUAAGUCCCCCCUCCCUCAAUCUUUCUCAUCACAUUCCAUUUCAGUGUCAAGCCACCAUUCGUUGAGCUCAUCUGAGCUAUGCAUGCACGAUAGGUUUAGUCUGACUGAAUUAAUGCAAUAUAAUUCAUCUAUGCCAGCUUGGGAAGUCAAAUGUGUGUGAGGAUCCUUCAGUGUAAUCUUCACCAAUCAGGCUGAUCCUUCCAGCCAUGAACUUGACUCAGAAUCUCCUUCCAAUUUCCAUUUCCUGGGGGAGAGGGAAGAGCAGAGCUUUGGUGGCAGAAGAUUGCAUCUCCAUGCCGCACAGGAUGUCUGCCCUCACUGCACUGCAGCGGUGUCCUGUUUGGUGUGUCCCCUCCAUUCCACUUGAAGUGACAGCUUGGGCAGGUUUCUUCUCUCACCGCCCUGUCACAACCAGCUAUGGGUGCUGAUUUCAAUAAAGAUAAUGGAUGCUAGCCCACAUAUGAGCAAACGUGUGCUGGAACCAGUGCACUAGAAGGGCACUAAUCCUCUCCUGGGAGACUUUGAAGUAGUGUGGAAACAGCUGAACUCAACUGGCUGCAACCUUGCCUCCCCCUCACUUUCUCAGGGACUCUGAGAGAGCAUUCUGAAAAGGAGCCUCCCUUCAGACACUUGGCAGACUGGAGGAUCUGUGUUACAAAAAUGUUUACAAGGUUAGGAACUUUAAAGAAAAUAAACCAAAUUGUUUCCAAAAUAGAUUUGUUUUAGACUAGUGUCUAUAAAUGGGAAAAUAAAGAGAGUCAGUGUGGGAAAGUGGAAAUUCAGUUCUGCCAAAAGUGUGAAUAGAGGGCAUAGAAAAGAAAUAAGUAAAUCUUACAAGCACUGGAUUAAAAGCUCUUGGACUGCUGGUAUUGAUCGGUCCUAUUUAAUCUGCAUUCUUUUAGCUUAAUUUUCCUAAUUAAAAAAGCUCAGAACUUUUGUUUAAAUCUAUGCAUUUUUGGCAAAACCAACUAAACAAAACGCCUGAACUGUACCUCCUAAUGAAAGUGAAACUCCUGAUCACAAAUGCUGACUCUGCCCAAGUACCUGGUGCUGUAGCUGUCUUUUAGGGGACAGUUCCAAAUGCGUAUUCAAUUGGUGGUCAGAGAAGAGAAAAGGUGUUCUGGUUGGUGCACCCCCUUCCAGUGAUCAUGUCUCAAGUGCACGACUGAGAGAUUCCACAUACGCUGAAUAAGACCUUUCUGUGACGUUUCCCUGUGGUAUUUGUUGUUGUGGUAUUUUACAGAAGCCAAGUGCUUCUUGGGAUAAUGUAAUACUCAUUCUUCUCUUUUUAUUUAGAAAAAAUACAGGGAGAAUUGUAAUACCAAGAGUACAUUAAGACUCCAGAAAUGUGAAAUCUCUACCUUUGAAGCAUACGUUGUGUUUAACUUCGGGGUAUCAGAAAAAUCUGUUCUGGAGGCAGAUUAUUCUACUACAGCCUAUUAAAAAAAUCUGUCUCUGCAGGGUAUUUGACAGUGGGGAUAUUGGUGUUCGUCUGAGAUUGAUGGGCAUAGUUAACUGCUUUUGUCUAACAAUGGUCUUGGCAAGCCCUUGUUUAUCUGUCAGGUAGAUCACUCUUCAGUUGUCUAAAAAAGUAUGUGAUGUGUAUGUGUAUGUACAUACACAGAGGAGCCUGGCCUCCAGGAAGCAAGGCAGGAGAAGAGGCUGGUAUGAGCGGCAGGGAAGAGGAACUGUUUGUGCUAAAGGCCAUAGGGGGAAUAAGCAGUGCCAAAAGCUUCUGUGCUCUGUGGAGGAAGUGCUGUGGAGCGCUUCUACCAACCUGAGGCGAAGGAAGAGUCUCUGCAGAGGCACAGGGGUGCCCCUGCUGCUCAUGGCUCUGCAACAGCUGCUUCUGUCUCAGGGUGACAGGAGCCUGGCUCAUUUAAGCACUGUACCUGGCAUCUGUAUUUUUAUUGCCUAGUGGUGGGAGCAUCCAAGGCUGCAUUCCUGAGUCCCAGCAGACUCAGAGCCACCACCAGCAGGCUGGACAUUGUGCAGUUUAGGCUCAGGAGACUGCAAAGCCAUCCCUGGGCAGCCCUGUGACUUUGGUGGUAGGCAACCCUGCUGCAACCGUUCUCACCCUGGCCACCCUUUGGGGAACCUUCUGCUGGGUUCUUUUGCCACUUGCCACUCAGCCUAUUCCAGAAGCAAAUGUGGUUUCAGGAGCUGGGGGCUGUGUGGUGCUUUGCAGGCUGCAGGUGGGCCAGCCACUGAAGAACUGCUGGAUGCAUCACAAGUGGCAUCCUUCUGCCAGGAACAGGUAACUUACUGCCUGCUGGAUGUUGGUAAGGCCUUUCCCAAUGCCUCCUCUUGCUCUCAGUGAGCUGCUGCUGUGCCACUGCGCCAAUUCUUUACAAUUUUGAGAACGUCUAUUGGGCUGGCUGAAGUUACGUUAAAAAAAAGAAAAAACAAAGAGCAGCAAUGGAGGUAGCUAGCUUUGUGCUUCUCAUUGCUAGUGAGGUAACGGGUAAGAAGCAUCCUCUUAUUUGAGAAAAAAAAAAAAAAUACUAGGUGACCUGCAAGGAUGAGGAUACAAAGGGUACCAUGCGUAGGAGGAUCCCAGCUGUGCCACUGCAAAAGCUGAUUCAGACUCUGCAUCCACAGUCCCUGGUAACAGGAACUGUCCUACACAUGGGUCAGGGCAAUGCAUGCCUGUGACCCAGCACAUGCAAUGUUAUCUUGACACACAUUAUAUAUAGGAGAACCUAUUCCGAUUUGGCAUAAAAGUUAUUU